CUUGACGAACUGUUGGAUCUGGGAGAAGUGAUGCCUGGUGUCUUCUGCACCCUUAUCGCAAAACUGAUAGACGUAUGGAAGGGCAGCGUGAUACUGAUGGAUAGCCAACUGGAUGUCAUGGUUAAGGCUCUGACAUACGGACCCGUUUACCGCAAGGACCAACGGAUUGUUUUUGAUUCUGAGGCCUUUGUGACCGCGCAAGGCGAGGCCCUGUCCGUCAACCAGCUGCUGCGAAGUGAACACCAAGCUGACGUUGAAGUUCGAGCGCUGGGAAUUGCCUUCCUGAUCCAGCUAAGCUCUAGUGAGAAAACAUCUGUCCAGACCCCAGCUAAGCUUUCGGAGGCCCUGGUAAGGUACGACCGUAAGGUUGCCUCAACGCGGAAGCGCUACUUUGGGAACUCGACGAUCCAUCGAAUUAAGAACAGGGUCUGGCAAGCUCAGCUGUGCCUUCUGCAUCUCUUGAGCGAGGAAAUGUUUGAAAAACUUCUGGAACAUGUUUUUCAAGAGCUCGUUGAAGACAGCCAACAACCGUCGAUUCGUUGCUUGCUGGAGUGGACGGCUGUCUCUAUUUUGCUCCGCACACCACGACUUCGUGCAAAGCUGGUUCCUGCCAUGGAACAGGCAGGUAUUGAAAGGACAGGAAGCGUGUGUUCUUUCCUGGCUAUUAUCAUUCACCUGGGUGCCUGCCUCGAUCCUGAGACCGAACUGGAGUCACAUCUCCUGGAAUUUCUUCCUGCUGUGCUUCCUUGGAGCAUGGGGCAGCACUUCAAUGCAAGGGUGUACGCCCAAGUGGCCCUUCACCUAGCUUCACGUUGGAGCAAAGAGCACGGAUUGAGCUCGGUUACGGAGAAGUAUGCUGCCCUGUUCACGUGUCUGAAGAGCACCGUUCAGAUGGGCAACUGGUCGAGAAAUGUUGAAAAGCUCCUGGAGGAUUUUUACUUCAAGGACUUCAAUGCCGUUGACGACCUUACACUUCAGACAAUAUUCUGCGACCUUCCUCGGCUGACUGGUCUCACGGACAGGGAAUUCAUUCCACUCACUGUCUUUGAAGAAGUCCUCACCGUGGGUCCUGAGAAACUUGCCUUGCCACUGUACAACCUUGAUGACCGGCUUUCCUCUGCUAAGCCCAGCCAUUGGCUUGAAGGAACUCGCGCAGAGGCUGAAGUGGUUCUCGACAAGGAAGACUACCAGAAGAAGAUCACCCCCUGGAAGCAGCAGCUGGCCUCGUGCGACCUGAUGUGGGACCUCGGUGUACCAAAAAAGAAGACCGGUGAUGGCCUGAUUGUUGUCGCCUCGUUGAUCGACCGCAUUCCCAACUUGGGUGGUUUAUGCAGGACCUGUGAGGUAUUCGGAGUGAAUGAGUUUGUGGUAGGCUCGCUAAAGUACCUUGAAGACAGGAACUUCCAAGGACUCAGCGUUUCGGCUGAAAAGUGGAUCACCAUAAGUGAGGUGAAAGUGCACCAGCUGAAAGAAUACCUACCCGGGAAGCGAAGUGAAGGGUACACCCUGGUAGGUGUUGAGCAGACGACUGGGAGCAAACCGCUGCAUGAGUUUAGCUUCCCGCAGAAGACACUGCUCUUGCUUGGAAAUGAGAAGGAAGGACUCCCGGUUGAGCUGAUUCAGCUGCUUGACGUCUGUGUCGAGAUUCCUCAACACGGUGUCAUACGUUCUCUCAAUGUUCACGUUAGCGGAGCCAUCUUGGUAUGGGAAUACACGAAGCAGCACUUUGCGUUGCCUGCCGCGGAAUGACCUUCGGCUGUGUGCGGUCAUGUUGCUCAGCUGUAACGGCCGCUGGUUCUAGAAUUGCCGUUCUUUUCUUGCACCGAGCAGUGCAAAGCGUACGUAUGUUUGCAUCACCUACGAAGGCACUACAGCCUUUACAUCUUGAAGUCUUCCAGCAAACUCGGCAUUAGCCCGGGAACACUAAGGGUGGCCUGAAUGAAGCAUGAAGUGAGUAAAUGUCUACCGUUAAUGAGGUUUUCCAAAGUGCUGCUCAAUGAACUGUCAAAGAACAAAGGUGUGGCGUUUGCACAAAGCUUUUUACUCUCUCACACGGCAACUUACUGUGCAGAAGUUUACUGUUGCUCGUGGGAAGCUUUUGAACCAUAGCUAAAUUUACUCAUGAGUAAAAUGUUUGAUGCAGCAAGGAAGGAUGCACAAUAAUCUGCCAUGUCAUGUGUCUGGGUAGUGUGUGUUGGAAAUGGUGGCAGGGAUGGUAGUUGCAAUUUUAAAUAUGUACAGGCCUGCUGGCCUGCUGAAUAUGUACAGGCCUUGCAGAACUACUGCAGGCAUGUGCUGUACCCGCAGUUCAUCUUCAGAGCUAAGGCACUUUCAACUAGUUGUUUCAAGAUGUUCUUGUAGCGUUACAUAAAUUUGUGCAAGAUGGCAUUCAAGCUGUAUUGCGAGUACAGUUAUGACCAGGUGUUUCAGUGCCCCUAGUGGAGCUCACUUUGCCUCGCAACACAGUUUAGGUGCGGCUUUGCACUGCCUUUGAAGUGCUGCUGAUGCAUUCUGGGAUAACCAGGAGAGGACGCCAUGAUAGGCUUACCACCAUUUGGGGAUGCCAAGCUUUGUCCAGGAACAUGAGGAACAAAUGUGUCACUUCGUGUUAGGCAGCUUGAGGCUGCUAGGGUAAAGCACUGUCAUCUGAAGUACUUGCUGCCAGGCCUCUGCAUCAUAGUCCAUGUAGCAACAAGUUGUGCUCGCCAUGGAAAACAUGUGCGUUCUUUUGUCCGAGGGGACACUCGAAACCCUGCCGCAUCGUGUGUCCCAAGCAGCACGGGACCUCGGGCCAAUGUAGAGCCAAUAUGGCCCCAUGUAGGACCAGCAUUUCUCAACAAUGUGCAAAUACUUACCAGUGUUCGGCCACCAUCGAGCCUCACUUUUUAUGUCAUAGCAUGCCAGUGAAGAGGCAUUGCACUUUGAAGGCACAGGACACAGUGCUGUGUCGUGUGCUUCUUUUUUUUCCUUGGCAUCCCCGUACUCGUGUUCUGUGGGGUCAACAGGGCUAAAAAUGUAUGACCAAUAUUUCUAUACAUCAUGCAUUGACCCCGUCUUCUUAUAUUGCUGGGUCGGCGCAUUAGAGAAGAGGCAGAACACACUAAAAACGCACAGUCCUGCAGUAUGUCAUGCACCUUCCCUUGGUGUCCCCCUGCUGAAAAUCGUAGUGGAUAACUAACUUUAGGUCAGACCAAAGCCAUUCUAAUUGCGUCAUGGCACAGGUCAGCCACCACAUCACUCGAUAGCCUCGCCAAAGGCUUUGCACAAUCUAUCAUGGCAUGCCACCGUAUAUUUUUCUGGUGUCAAUAGCCAUGAGUGGCUGUGCUAGAGUCUACUUUUCCUCUACUUGCACUUAUCCAUGCCAAUUGGGUGCUCGCAUGAUACAUAAAGGCACUGCUGCCUUCACAUCUUCAAGUCUUACUCUACAUUACAUGUUGCUCUGUGCAGCAGUACUUCGUAAUCUGAAUUCUGCUGUUUAACACUUCCACAUGUACUUCUCUGUGAAUUGUCAGGUUCCAUAUUCGCAGUAAGAAUGAAGAGACGUAGCAUAUAAGAGUUCUGAAAUGGCAAGUUGUGUAUGGGGGCCUCUAUCUUUCUUUUUUCUAUUUUGGCUUUAGUUUGAAUUAAGAAAUAUGUAUUCUCCCUUGUCAGAUAGGUUUUUUUUGUAAAGUUGUGGCGGCCUCUUGCUCAUGAAGCAUGGAACAGAACCAGGUAGCAGCCUUGCCAAGGCUAUCACUCAAUCUCAGUGCUCUGCAUAGACAACCUGUACAUAGAAUCAAAAACUUUUAUUGCACUCGUGGUCUUGGAUGGUGCUCACAAUGGCCGAAGAAAGCGCUUGCUAAAGCGUUAUCCGUGUUAGUUUUUGUUCACAUGCUCUUAGUCAUAGUGAUGCCCUACAUGGGCAAAAUUCUAGGUCGGCUGGGAUAACGACGUCAGCCCGAUCAUUCAGAUGUUGUCUCUAUGCGUGUUACGACUAUGUUUCAUAUUUAAGAGUGUAGUGUGUUGUAGUGUGUACAAUAGUAUUAUAUGAAUUUUAGGUAUUAAGAAAUUCAGUCAAACCUCAAUAUAAUGAAAUUCGUGAUGUGAUGAACUACUUUGAUUUCCCGAGCUUAGUUCCAAUGAAAACUGUACAUUUCCCCCCCGAUUUAACGACCAUUUCAAGCAUAUAUUUGGACCAUGUAUGGCUAGUAAAUGUAGCAAGAAAAGUAUAAAAAUGUCAGCCGAGGCAAAAGUUAUUUCAAGUGUCCUUCUGCGUGAAAAGUUUGAGCGGCAAAAGAGCCAUCGAAGUGCGUGCAUCAAGAUGCUGUAAGCAGCAAACGCCGCUGCAUCAUUUGUAGCAUUGGUAAACAACUCGCAGAGGCCAUGGGGGUGCAUGCCAGCUCGCAGCGCUCGGAGAAACACGAGAGCUGGCGCUACAGGGGGGGGGGGGGGGACAGAAACGUGCAUCUAUUUGCUCUCCCCCCAUAGCGCCACGCUUCUCCUCACACGUGGGCCACGUGGCCGUAUCUUGAAGGUCAUCUGCGGCAAGUGCAAAGGCAGAGACGAGGCGCUUGGAGCCUUGAUGUGCAUUCUGCUCCUGCAUUGUAGUGUUGGUGGUCGCGUAACCUCAAAUUUUCGACACGCCGUGCGAAGCAUUUGGUCGUGUUGUGACAACGAGUUCGUGGUCAUAGAGUGAGGUAUGUUAUGCUGCUUUGUUUUCCUGAGUGGCGUGCGACAUCGAUAAAUCUACGAACCUUACUUUGUGUAGUUGUCUCUUUGCUAUCGCUAUCAAUGCUCAGCCUAGCUUUCUGGCAAAAUUGUAGCAUUUUUUUUUUUGUCUUCUUUUUUUGUUCGGGACGAAUAUUCUUAUCUUUUUACACUUCUGUUUUUAAUUUGUGGGCGCCAUCUCAUGGCAGCUGUGGUACACUAAGUGCAUUCAGUUGUGGCAUUGAAGAUUUAUGGCGCCACACGACGCAACACACGCAAAUUUCGAAUGCCACGAGCCUCGUAGAUGCAUUGCUCUUGGCACAACCUGCACCGUACAUUCUGGCACUCACAACCAUACUAUUAUGGCCCGACCUUCUUGCGAUUUGUCUAUAAGUGCUUAGUGACACGGUACUGUCAACUAGGAACGCUCUGGGAAUUUGUGAACUUGUUUUUAUUGCUGAUGCUUUCAAAACCUCAAAUUAAUUAAAUUUGCAAUUUAACAAACCUUUUCGUUUCAAGUACAACUUUGUUAUAUCGCGGUUUGACUGUAGCUGCUUUUCUAUUCAAGUAUGUAGGAUGGUACAUUUGUAGGCGAUACGAAUUAGGUGCCUUGUAGCAUUUUGUGAAUAUCUACGGGUACUUUGUUGACUUCCCAGUGUUGGGGCCUGUUCUGUGUCAUUUGUUUUGUUGAAGCCUACAUUUAAAGCUUGCUUGCAUGUAUCCAGUGCCAUAAGAAUAGGUAGACGUCGCUUCAAAUGCUCUUUUAUGUACAGUUUGGAUUGUAGCAGUUUAAUUUAGUGUAUGCUGCUACAUGUUGACAUGAACUAUCUAGUGAGAGAAAGCUGUAUUAAAUACAUUUUGUGGUAUUCGUUUAUUUCUGAAAACUUGUGGUGUACUUUACGUAUCUAGAGAUUGUAAAUUGCCAAGCUUUGAAUAAGCGUGACUGUGUUUCUAUCUUUUCCACACAUUUAACACACUUCAUCAAGAGGAUUUCUUAGCUCUUACUGCUCCUUUUCAAGAACAUGUCAAAUGCAGAAGCAAUUUUAUUACGUGACUGCUGAGCAGAUUUGAAUGAAUUUGUUGAAUCUGAAAGAUAAGGUUAGAUAGACUGCUGUGAGCACAUUUUUUAUUCAGGUGCUCAAGUUCUUGGCAAAAAUUUUGUUUAAAUUAGGUAUUUAAAAAAAUUGAAGUAUUAUAUUUAAGAAUGCACUCUGGGCAACCCCACAAUGAAAAGAUACAUAUUGCAUUUCUCUAAAUUACAUCUUAAUUAAUGAUCAUAAUAAGAUGUCUAAAGCAGACAAAAUUGUGUAUCACAUUGGGGUGUGGCAUAAAGCAACAGUUUGUGUAUAGUGUAUUGCACACAUGUAGUCAUCGUGUCAGCACAGCUGUGCAUCAGUCAUGUGCAGUACUGAUGGCAUGCUGUCUCCUGCGUACUUAAUGACUGCUCUCGACAUGCAAUUGGUUCUUCCCGGUGACAUAGUGUCUAAAUUCCACUUCUGAUGCCAUGUUACAACAAACACGAUGCUCACAGCAUCUUGGCCAGAACAGGAAGAAACACUUGUUUACUGAGAGCAUUGCUUGUAUACAAGACAGCACGCAACCAGUACUGCACAUGACUGAAACGCAGCAGUGAUGAUACAAUGACUGCUCAUGUCCGAUACUAAUAGGGCCUUAACAGGAUACAUGUGUACAGAAUAACCAUUUAAAAUCAAUUGUAAACUAAUGCAUUAUAUUUGGUGGUCUUGAUUGCUGUUCACAGGACUGCAAUGGCUGUUUCCAUUGUGAAAUCAUUGACAUUGGGACUUCUGAGGUUAAAUUUUAAUUUUUCUAAGUCUUUCAUGGUUAGUUACAGUAUUUUGGCUAGAUAUUUAAGAAUGCAAAUAAAAAAUCCAUUCCUGCCAGUCAGUAAUUGUGCUUUUCUCUUUUAUGCGCAACACAUUUCAUUCAGAUAAGUUCAGUGGUUCUCUAAUAGUAGCAUUUCUGCAUUGAACAUAUAUUUAAAAAGGGAAUUGGGAUGGGCCUCAGCUAAAACUGUCUCUAAAUGCAAAACUUCAACUGUGCCAUUGCCAGUCUGUGUUUCCAGCAGCACAAGGAAGAGAUCCAGGACAGUUUCUUUCACAAUGCACAUUUAUUCACAUAUAUACAUUCAACUUCAAAUUACAUUUGUGCCUGAACACAUUUCCUAAAGCACAGACUGCGAGUCAUAAUCCAUGUCUUGAUGAAAAUGAGUUUAUUCGUUUGUGACGCUGAUUUUGCCUGCAAUAGUCUGUUUAAGCUGCUUUUGCAGCAUUUCUCUAUUCAGCCACAUAUGUUUGCCAUAGCUGUAGUUCAUCAUUAAUGGUGUUGAAAAGGCGCUAUUGUGAGGCAUAUUGUGAGGCAAUUGCAUGUACUAACAAUACUGUUCAGUGAAUGUUCUUAAAGUACUUGAUGUACAAGCAUUGUCAAGUAACAGCCUGUUGAUCACAAAUGUAACAACCAUGCUCAUUUGUUUCAUUAGGUGUGUAUUAACAUUAACGUAGUAGAUAUAUCUAUAUAUAUGGGCAGCAUUGCAUUACUCCAGUCAAGCUGACUUCAUGUGGUGCAGUAAAAGCCACUUCCAGGGCCUCUCCCUUGAUGCCACUUGCACGGGGAGUUCUGCUCUCAGAUGGACUAGAACAAUUUAAUGCAGGCUGAAUGUUUGCAGUGUCGUUAUUCUCAUAAGCAGGUUAUAAACUGGUUGAUUUUUUUAAAACUUUGCUCUGGAGCUUCGUGGAUACACAACGCCUUCCCGUUGCCUUGUCGGGUGCCUUGACUGAUUCUGUCACACGUGCUGCCGUGUGGCAAACAACUAAACAUGUUCAAAUGCAAGAUAGCUUCUAUGUCGACAGUUGUGUAGUUAGCGUAUACUAACUAUAAGUUGCCAGACUAUCCUCAGUAGCUGUGGCAUUCCGCUGCUGAGCGUGAGGUCGUGGGUUCUAUUCCCGGCUGCGGCAACUGCAUUAUGCAGUCGAGCCUUGUCACAACAAAGCUGCACCCUACGCAAGCAUACCUUCGUCAUACCCGAUAUUCGUUAUAAGCAUAUAUGCGUUGCAUGCUUAUAUUGGCAGGAAAGAUGUUAGUUUUAGUUCGUCAUAUCCGAGUUUGUUAUGUUGAGGUUUAACUGUAAUGGCGGCAUGCAAAAAGAUGCUUGUGCGUACGAAGUAUUGAGUGCACGCUGAAGGAUGUGGGGUGGUCAAAGUCCGUCCACAAUGACGUCUCUCACAGCCCUCUUUUGCUUUUUCAGUGCUAAACCCAGUCAAUUUCAAAGGCCAUAUUAAGUGGCACUCGUCUCCGCUGACUGCCACACGGCGGUGUGCGCCACAGAAUUCAGCUAAAAAUCUCCAGAGGAAGUUUAUAAUAUUUGCUAGGUGAGUUCGGGAGGCAGCGACAUAGCACUUAGGCAGCUGACACUGUAAUCUUAGCGAUAGGGAAAAGCUUCCUUCAGCUUUCCGUGACUCGUUGAACUUUUUUUUCCCUGGCUUUUACCGCCUACACAAAACAAGGGCAGCGAGGAAAGUAAAACCUAAAAGCUCUCACAUGCUGCACUGAGCAUCUAUCCUUCUUUUUAAAUUGAUGGCUUCCUUUUAUAAGCAGUGAGUGAGAUGUUGUGACAGGAUUAAUCUAUUAUAAAACGAUUGCAUCAUCCGUAUGAUGAUGUGCAUAUGAAGUAUAAGCGUUGUGAGCCGUGUUCGGAGUAUAUGCAUUGCAGGUUUAAAAAAAAGUUACGAAAGCUCUCGAUGUCAUCUUUGUGAUGGGAGGCUUCUGCAUGGGAACUUGAUGCGGCAGAGUUGAUGGUACCUUGUUCCCAUGCGUGCAGCCAGCCUCACUUCCUCUGUGAUUUUGUCGUGGUUGGGGUUGUGAGGGAACAUCCUGAAAAGGACACAAGUUUCAGUAAUGCGGUUAGCUUUGCGCAGCAGUGUCUCCAGCUAUUGAUUAAAACAAGCCCGUGAUGCCUUUGCUCAGCGUCCUCCAAGGAAUUAAAAAAUAAUAAUAAUAAGUUGUGACAAUUCUCACUGCCAGCUUUUGCCAAAUGUUCUAAUUUUCAUAAUGGUGUUUAUUGUAUGCAGUAUAUAGUACCUGAUUCAUGGCAAUAAAAGCUUUUACUCAUUUGGAA